GGGCAGCACAGCACGGGUGGGCAGGCCUGCCACAAAAAGGUUAAAUUCAAGGAGCAGCAGAGUGCUCACACUGGAGAAAGCCUUCACGAGUGUAGUCAGUGUGAAAAGUCCUUCAUCUCCAAGAAAAGACUUCUUGAGCACCAGAGAAUCCACACUGGAGAAAGACCUUAUAAGUGCAGCGAGUGUGAGAAGUCCUUUGUCUACAAAAGCAGACUUCUUGAGCACCAGAGAGUCCACACUGGAGGAAAGCCUCACAAGUGUAGCAAAUGUGGGAAGUUCUUUAAGUACAAAUCUAGCCUUAAUCAACACUGGAAAGUUCACACUGGAGAAAGGCCUCAUCAGUGCAAUGAAUGUGGGAAAUCCUUCCCCUAUAAAAGCAGACUUCUUGAGCACCAGAGAAUCCACACUAGAGAAGGGCUUUACAAGUGCAGUGAGUGUGGGAAGUCUUUCUUCUACAAAAGAAUACUUCUAAGGCACCAGAGAAUCCACACUGGUGGAAAGCUUUGUGAGUGUAACGAAUGUGGGAAGGUCUUUAGACACAGACCCAGUCUUCUUCAUCACUGGAAAAUUCACACUAGAGAAAGGCCUUAUAAAUGCAGUGAAUGUGGGAAGUCCUUCAUCCAUAAAAGGAGACUUCUCGGGCACCAGAGAAUCCACACUGGAGACAGGCCUUAUAAGUGCAGUGAGUGUGAGAAGUCCUUUGUCUACAAAAGCAGACUUUUUGAGCACCAGAGAGUCCACACUGGAGAAAAGCCUUUUGAAUGCAGCCAGUGUGGAAAGUUCUUUGGACACAGCUCCACCCUCCUUAAACACCGGAAGGUUCACACCACAGAAGGCCAUCUCAGCACGGUAAAUGUGGAAGUCUUUCAUCCACAAAAUAAAGAUUUCUUUUGCACCAGAGAAUCCACACUGGAGAAUGGUUUUAAGAAUGCAGCAAGUGUGGGAAAACCCUCAUAAAAGGGUUUGAAUUCAAUGAGCACCAGAAACUCUGGAGAAAAGCCAUAUGAAUGUAAUGAAUGUGGGAAAUUCUUUAGACACUGAUCACUGAUCCACUCACAUUCAACACCAAAAUGUUCAUGCUGGAGAGAGGCCUUGAAUAAGUGUAAUAAAUAUGGGAUGUCCUCCAUGGACAAAAGAAAUCUUGAGCAAAGAGAAUUCAAGCUGGAGGAAGAAGCUUUGAGUAUAAUGGAUGUGGGAAAUCAUAGGAAACCUCGUCAGCCUCAAGGAUAGACUUACUCAGCACCACAAAGUCCACACUGGAGAAAAGCGUUUCUGUGCAGCAAAUGUGGAAAG